ACCGGACUGAAGUUAGCGAUAACGAAACAGUUUAGCGGGAAAUGCCGGGUAGAAGAAAAACACAAAAUAUUAGCUUAUCUGUCGAUAUUUUGAAGGCUUAAUGUGCCGUUUCUGUGUCCCACAGUUCACACGGACGUCGUGAACAAAUAUCAAGCAAAUCAGGUGUUCAUUCCAUAGGUGGUCCAAACUGACCAGCUUUCAGGGUCAUGGCUCCUACGAGUACCCCAGGGCACUUGGCGUUCGUCACGCAGGCAACAAACACCCUGGUCAAGGUGAAGGAGUACAUCGCUGCUGGCAUGGAGACCACGUUAGAUGUGGCUACUGAUUUGUUUGGCGAACGGGAAACUGUCACACUGGAGGUGGAUGAGAAUAAAGUGUCGGAGUUAAAGGAUGUCAUGCUGAGUUACAUUCAAAUGGAAAGGGAGUUGAAUCACUUCCUGACAGCUGUUGACCACACCACAACUCAGGCUAAGAAGCUUGACAGUGAGGCAGGCCUGCUGAACCUGGAGAGCAUACUGGACCAGAGGCUAGCAGAGUUACAGGAGGGUUACACUGACAAGGAGUUACACAGCCAUGAGAAAUACCUGGACCUAUUGGAUAAGCUAUCAGUCUCACAAAAGGGGGGUGAGGAGCCAAGCUGUUCAGCUCAGGACACUGUAGACGAUGAUGUGGAAGUGGCGUGCACACAAGAGGAUAUCAUCACCAAGUGUCCGAUCACGGGGAAGGAGAUGGUUGACCCGAUGAGGAACAAGCACUGUAGCCACAGCUACGAGAAGAGGGCCAUCGAGGAUUACAUCAAAAGACGAGGCAAAAAAGCAAAGUGUCCGGUAGGUGGCUGCUCAAACACAAGGGUUCUUACCCACAGUGAUUUAGAGGAAAACAAGACUAUGAAGAGGAUAAUAGAGAGGAAAAACAGACAAGCUGGCAUCAGACUCAAGAGAACAGACAAAAUGUUUAGUGUGUGAUGAUGUGUUUAAAACAUGAACACUUGUUCUUUUGUUACGUGCCAAGUGAUCUCAAACACUGAUGCAAUUAUUAAGGGGAAAGGAGACAUAAACACCGAGUACAUGUACAUGUAAGCACCAGUGGAAAGUAUCAGAAAUAAUUUAAUUUAUUUUGGUAGAUAUUUUCGCUGGCCUGUACUUAGCAUAUGUCUUACACUUAUCAUCGGCUUUGGCAUCCAGUAACAAGGAAAGCAAUGUUAAACACACAAAAUAUUAGGGGUGGUAUCUCAAAAACUAACGCCUGUAUUGACCUGAAGUUUUUUAUGCUUAUAAUAUUAAAGCACAGUGACAUGAGUGGGAUGUUUCAUCGCCGAUGCUCUGUGUGCUUAUUAGUUAUCUUAAAUGACCAAAUUCAGGACUGCAAUAGCCUAUGUAUGGAGCUGAAGUUUUGCAUUCAUGUGUCUCCUACAGGCAAGAUCUUUGCGAGCCAUUCAACCAAAUCUAAUGUUCUCUGAAUUAAAUACUGUCAUUAAGAUGUUUGAAUUGGAAGAUGGGAUGCACCUAUCAUAUUGGUAAUACACACGUAUGUCCGACAGUCUUUAGAAUUGGCUUUAUUUGUGCACACAUCACACAACCAAAG